AUGGCGGGCCGCUUUGUGCGAGCGUCGAAAUAUCGACACGUCUUUGGCAAGCCGACCCGCAAGGAGUUCUGCUACGAUAACCUUCGCAUUAGCCGGAAUGCAUGGGAUACCAACUUGGUGAAGGCCAACCCCGACUACCUCUCGGUCAAUUGGGAAGCCGGCGGCGGUGGCGCCUUUGCUGUCAUCCCCCUCGGCGAGACGGGCAAGGUGCCUGACCAAAUCCCUCUGUUCCGAGGCCAUACCGCCACCGUCCUUGAUACCGACUGGAACCCCUUCAACGACCGUGUCAUCGCGUCUGGUUCCGAGGACGGAAAGGUCUUUAUCUGGCAGGUUCCCGAGAACUUCACCCUCUACACCGAUGCCGAGGAGCCCGCCGACGUCUCCCCUGUCGGCAAGCUCGCUGGCCAUUCGAGAAAGGUCGGCCAGGUCCAGUUCAACCCCGCCGCCGAGAACAUCCUCGCGUCCGCAUCCGGCGACUUCACGAUCAAGCUCUGGGACAUCAACAAUGGUUCAUCUACCCAUACCCUGAAGCACAACGACAUCGUGCAGAGUCUCUCAUGGAACGCCAGCGGUUCGCUCCUGGUGACGACGUCCCGCGACAAGAAGAUCCGCGUGUGGGAUGUGCGCGCCGAGAAGCCCGUCCACGAGGCACCAGGCCACCCGGGCGCCAAGAACAGCAGGGCCGUGUGGAUGGGCGAACACAACCGCUUCGCCACGGCCGGUUUCUCGCGCAUGAGUGAGCGUCAGCUCGCGCUGUGGGAGCCCGGUCGCAAUGAGCCCAUCGGAGGCUUCUCCAUGCUGGACUCGAUCUCGGGUGUCAUUAUGCCCUUCUGGGACGAGGGAUCCAACUGUUUGUAUCUUGCUGGCAAGGGUGACGGCAACAUCCGCUACUACGAGUAUGAAAACGACAAGUUCGAGUACCUGAGCGAGUACAAGUCCGCCGAGCCCCAAAGAGGCAUUGCCUUCGUUCCGCGCCGCGGCAUUAACGUGCACGAUAACGAGGUUAUGAGAGCUUACAAGACGGUCAACGAUACUCACAUCGAGCCCAUCUCCUUCACCGUCCCCCGUAGAGCCGAGACCUUCCAGUCCGAUAUCUUCCCCCCUGCUACUGGUCUCAAGCCGGCCGUAAGCGCCCAGGAGUGGCUGGGUGGCAAGGAUGGCAUCCCCGCCAAGAUUGACCUGGAGAGCGUGUACGAGGGCACUGCUCCCAAGGAGGUCGCCUCUGACUAUAAGCCCCCUGCGAUUGCCUCUGCUCCUGCGCCAGCUGCUAAGCCGGCGCCGAAGCCCGCCCCUGCUCCGGAGCCCACCCCGGUCGCCCGCUCACCGCCGCCCUCAAUGAGGGAUCAGCAGGUCUCCAUGUCCAACAUGGCGUCCAAGUUCAAGGACGACGAGCCUGCCGAGCCGGAAGAUGAUGACGACAACUCCAGUUUCGAGGAGAUACAGAGACCAGCCCAGCGUGCUGCUGUCCCUGCUGCCGCUGCCGCCCCUGCCCCUGCCCCUGCUCCUGCUCCUGCUCCUGCCCGUGUCGAGCCCGCCAACAUCCCGCCCCCCAUUAAAGCGCCGUCCCCCUCCCAAAUCAAGUCGCCUCCCGCCCAGCAGUCGCCUGUCAAGGCGUCAGCCAACUCACCUGCAUCCCCGACGCACAUCGAGUCGUCUCUGGACCAGAUUAGACAGAUGCUGGAGAACCAGACGAAGCUGAUCAGCAAGCAGAACGACAAGAUUAGCCAGCUGUCAGGCGAAGUUGAGGGGCUGAAGCGCAAGGUGAACGCCGGCGGGUCUCAGGAUCAGAGCGAGAGGAUCAGGCAGCUGGAGCUGGAGCUCGAAGCCGCGCGCUCUUAA